AUGCUCUCGUGGUUUACCACCAAGAAGACCGUUGUUCGCAACCGCGAGCUCGGUCCCGGCGGUGUCCACCUCAAGGACUACGGCAUUCCCGGUCGUAUCAACCUUGUCGAGGCCCUUUCUGACAUGGCCGAGGAAGAUGAUCGGGCCUCUGAUCAUCUCGAUGACAAUGAUGUCUGGAUCGACUUGGAUGCCCAGAAGGACACCAUCAAGGCCGCCCUUCAGCCCAAGUCUAACGUCAAAGUCAAGUCUGACGUCCAAGUCACUGUCGAGGCAACUGACGAAAUGGUCAAUGAACUUCAAGCUUGCAUCAUUGACGAUUACUGGACUGAGGAGGGGAUUCAACGCCGAGCUGUGGCCGCUCUCAAUGACUCGGUUGUGAACUGGUUGGAGGGCAUUGACGAGUCCAACGACACAUCUGAAGAUGAGCACUCGGUCUCCUCAAAGGAGUCUUUUGGCGCCAAGGCCAACAUCUACCAGCUCCCCAAGUUUGAGACCUUCCAGAAGACCAAGUUCAACGGUCCCGUCUUUGACAAUGAGAAACGUCUUACUGCUUACAACGACCGCAUCCUUUCCUCCGCAGUCUUCUAG